CCCGUUCCCGGAGCACGCACGGUUGCGUGCUCGCCCGUUGCAGGAGCACGCUCGGUUGCGUGCGCGCCCGUUCACUGGACGUGCGCGACGCCGGCCGAUUUGAACACGUUUUUCGGCGCCGAUUCUGCGAUCUGUUGUUAUUAUUGAAUUAUCGGCGAAACACUAUUAAUAUUAAUAUUAACAUUAAUAGAGUAAUAUUAACAACAAAAAACCCUAUUCGAAAAAUAAAGAAAGGAAGCAAAUGUCUGUUUUAAAAACGUUUAAUAAGCUUCCGGAGCUGAACACGGCGAACAUCAUGCUCGUGGGAAGUGAUGUUUCUGAUCUGGAGAAGUUGGCUCGCUCUAUUAUGGAAGAAAACAAGAGUUUCAAUGUCAACGUGCGUCUGGCUCAGUCUCUUCCUCUGCCAGUGGAGAAUGAAGACAGCCGGCCCAGAAUUGACCUGCUGGUGUUGAUGGUGAAUCUGCGCAGCAGCUACAGCCUCAGUUUGGCCGAGUCUUCCUUGCAGUAUAUCGAUCCUCACUAUUUCCUGGGAAAGGUCUACUUUUUAGCGACAGGUGCUCGCUCCUCUCAUCUCUCCUCUGAUCUGCUCCCCUCUCUCAGGUUGCUCUCUGCUUCCACUCGCAGUCCAGUCCUGUUUGCAGAUCUAGAGAGUGAUUCAGGCAGGCUCACUGUGGCUCAUCGCUUCCUCACUCUGCUCAAGAUAGCAGCGGGGCUUGAACCCGGGGCCUCUGCGCUGUUCCUGAACACCCUGCUGAGGGGCGCCCCUCCCCCGUCCACCAACGAGGACCCCCUCAAUUAAUGUGCACCCCCCUCCCCCAGUCCCGUCGCUCAGAGCCAGCGACAGACUCCAGUGUAAUGAUAGCGCUGGAAUCUGUGCGCCGUGUGUUUGCUAUUUAAAGCAGCAGUGAGGUGUCUGUGGAGAGCGCAGACACAAAGCCAAGCCUGUCCAAUCUGGGACUGAGCGGAGACAACAAGACAAAUAUAGACACCCUGUCCUUCUGAAAGGUCAGACUGAAAAGUGUGUGACAGACAGACAGACAGACAGACAGACAGACAGACAGACAGAGCCCCACAAUGCUGUUCAGUUUGACGCUGCAGUAUAAUAUAGAAUCCCUUCUUCUUGGUGUCUGUGUUAGUUUACUGCAUUCUGAACAGAGUUUAGUGUCACUGAAGCUGCAGACAGACAGACAGACAGACAGACAGACAGACAGAGCCCCACAAUGCUGUUCAGUUUGACGCUGCAGUAUAAUAUAGAAUCCCUUCUUCUUGGUGUCUGUGUUAGUUUACUGCAUUCUGAACAGAGUUUAGUGUCACUGAAGCUGCAGACAGACAGACAGACAGACAGACAGACACA